CAAUUCAUGUAAUUACUUGUAUUUUAUGUAUACAGUCCAUGAUCAUGAUGCGUUUUGCGACCCAAAGUGUGAAGUGAGGUGCUCCAAGGCAGGGAGGAAGGAUAGGUGUCUUAAGUAUUGUGGGAUAUGCUGCAGAGAUUGCCAAUGUGUUCCUUCAGGAACCUUUGGUAAUAAGGAUGAGUGCCCUUGUUAUAGGGACAAGAAGAACUCCAAGGGACAUCCCAAAUGCCCUUAA